AUGACUUCAACACCCGAUAAAGAAAAAGGGGAAGAUCCCUGCCACCUCGAAGCUGUCGAAACCCUGGAGGUCAAACCCGUCUCCCCGGAUCUCACACCAAUAGACCAGGCCCUCGAACGCAAAGUCGUCCGCAAAUGCGACCUACACGUUGUCCCCAUCCUGACCGCGCUCUUCCUCUUCGCCUUCCUAGACCGGAUCAACAUCGGGAAUGCACGCAUCCUAGGGCUAGAGGAGGAUCUCGGCAUGGGCGGGCACCAGUACAACAUUGCGCUGUUUGUGUUCUUCAUACCGUAUAUCCUGUUUGAAGUGCCGAGCAACAUGCUACUGAAGCGGAUUAAGCCGAGCGUAUGGUUGAGUGGGAUUAUGGCGGGCUGGGGCAUUGUUACGGUUUGUCAGGGGGUGACGGGGAGUUUUGCGGGGCUGGUGGUUUGUAGAGUGCUUAUUGGGGCGUUGGAGGCGGGAUUCAUGCCUGGAAGUGUAUACCUGAUCAAUAUGUACUACCGCCGUCACGAGCUCCAAUGGAGAUUGAACUUCUUCUUCAGCGCGAGUAUAUUCGCCGGUGCUGUCAGCGGUUUCCUCGCCUACGCAAUCGCCAACAUGGACAACGUCGCCGGAUACAAAGCCUGGCGAUGGAUCUUCAUUCUCGAAGGUCUCGCCACAAUCGUCCUCGCCGUGAUAGCAAAGUUCAUCAUCGUCGACUGGCCCGAGUCAGCCACGUUCCUAACAGACGACGAGCGCGCCCUCCUCCUCCGCCGUCUCGCAGAAGACCAGGGCGAGGCGCAGAUGAACCGGAUGGACAAGAAGGCCAUGAAGCGGACGUUUUCUGACCCGAAGAUUUACCUAGGUCCAAUAAUGUACUUCGGCAUCGUCAACACCGGCUACGCCGUCUCAUUCUUCACCCCCACCAUCCUCAAACAACUUGGUUGGACCGCAAUCCGCGCCCAGGUGAUGAGCAUCCCCAUCUACGCCGUGGCAAUGGUCAUAACGCUCUCAACGGCGCUACUGAGCGACCGUCUCGCGCACCGGUACGCAUUCACACUAGCAGGCGUCCUCAUCGCAACAAUGGGGUACGUGCUCUUACUCUGCCAAGCGUCUAUCCCCGUGGGGGCGCGGUACUUUGCGCUCUUCGCAAUCACGGGCGGCGGAUACCUGACGCAGCCGAUUCUGAUGGGGUGGUUGAGUAAUAAUAUGGCGGGCCAUUAUAAGCAGAGUAUUGCGUCGGCGAUGCAGAUUGGGUUUGGGAAUUGUGGGGGGCUGGUUGCGAGUAAUGUGUUUUUUGAUAGCGAGGCGCCGACUUAUAAGACCGGGUUUGGGGUGAGUUUGGGCAUGGCUUGGGUUUGUGGGGUGAGUUGUACGGUGUUUUUGGUGUAUUUGAUGAGGGAGAAUAGAGUGAGGAGGAAGGGGGGGAGGGACUAUCGGUUUGAGCUGGAGGAGGAGAGGUCGAAUUUGGGGGAUGAUUAUCCUGGAUUCAGGUUUACUUAUUAG